AGACUGCAAGGUAGCGGGCACCAUGGACGCUCUGAAAGGGGGCGGCCGUCGCCCGGGAUCCCAGAUGCACAAAGCCGAGCUGGAACCCAAGUGGGUACAAGGAUUCACCAAUAGGAAAGUUGGAUUUAUCAACAACAGGACUGUUUGUUAUCCUUGCGGCAAUUACAUCCUCUUUAUUAACAUGGAAACACGAGAGAGGUCAUUCUUGCGGUGUCACUUUGGAAGUAUUGGAGCCUUUGCAGUGAAUGCAAGUCAGAAUAUUGUUGCUUUUUCUGAUCGGCAGUUGAAUCCUAGAAUCUAUGUUCACAAUUUUCCAGGAUUAAAGAAAAUAGCAAAAUUAAAAGGGCAAGCCAGCCUAGACUAUUCCUUGCUUGCAUUCAGUCACACAGGUCCCUAUCUGGCCAGUUAUUCGUCGCUCCCUGAGUUUUGUCUUUCAAUAUGGGAUUGGCAGAACAAACUCUUAUUAUGUAGUAAGUCACAACCUGAGAUAGAAAUAACUGCAAUGAGUUUUAAUCCUAUGAAUUGGCAUCAGUUGUGUUUAUUUAAUGGAGCCUCUAUUACCCUUUGGAGUAUUGAAAGGAAUAACAAAGAGCACAUCUUGAUUUCAAAGCCUGUCAAACUUCCUAUUGAAGAUGGAUCCUUAACAGAUGAGGAAAAUAGCUUCUUUUCCCAUCCCAGUGUCAGUGAUCCUUAUUUUGGUCCUGUACUACCCAAUUCAGCCAUUGCUGGCUUGACAGGAGAUGAGGCUGAAACAUUUAAGCCUAAAGAUGAUAUUCAACCUUACGUCCACCCUACUGUCCAUUGCUGGACUCCAGAUUCUGAGCUGUAUCUGGGCUGUGAAGAAGGAUAUUUCCUGAAAAUAGGUGCAGACACAUACAGGGCUGUUCUUCUCACUCAAAAACUUUCUCCAGAUGCUAUUGCGCAAAAACGGACAACUUUUCGAUCACUGUCACACAGUUCUAGGAAAAUGGAAGAUGAGCCAAGGAAGGAAUCUCAAAAUGUGAUCCUACUUGCUAUGGCACUUCAUAAGGAUGGACUGUAUGCAGCUGGAACAGAUGGUUUUGUUCGCCUUUACAAAAUCAAGGGCACAAGCUUUCAAGCAGAAGAUUGCUUCGAAAUUGAAGAGCCAAUAACAACUCUUUUCUUCUCUCCUGAUUACAUUUACCUACUAGUAGAAACAGAAAAGGGAUCACUUUACAUCUUUAAUCCAAAUUCAAAUGAAGAUGUUAUUGCAUUACUGGAUGCAAGUAUGAGCCAGUUCUUAGCAGCUGAUUUUAUUGUUCCAGGCAACAAACACUGCUUGUCUGUAGCAAAAUCAGGAGAGAUACAAGUUUGGGAGCUGGAUAAUGGCGCUUUUAUCAGCACACUGUGUUUACAUACAGUGGUUACUGCGAUGGCUUGUAGCCUCUCCUCUCACAGUGCUGCAGUAGGAACUCCAAAAGGCCGUGUCUUUUUUAUAGAUCUUACUAAUGUUGAAACUCCUAGAGUAAUUCACCGAAUUCUCCUUUCUGAGAACAUGCCUGUGCAGUUUUUGCUGUAUGAACAAACUGGUCAAUUUCUCAUAGCAGCUUCUACAGAUGGAAGUGUUUUUAUUUUAAAUGCUCUCCCAUCAACAGUGUUUAAAGUACUGGGAUACGUAGUGUUGUCUGGUGAGAUUGUGGACAUAACUUCACAGUAUAAUGAGGAAAAUGAGUUAAUCGAAGUGAUUGCACUUCUUUCUCCAACGGUGCUCAAAAGGGCAAGAGUGGAGAUAUUUACACUUCCUCUAAAUAUUAUUUCAGACAAUGAAAUCUGUAUCACAGAAAGAGGGCUUUUGAAAGACAGUAUCAUUCAGAAACAUAUGUACGAAUUAGAGUUCCCACUACUUUCUCUGGUCAAGCGGAAGGAUGAAACAGUAAUUGCCUAUGCUAGCCAGGCUUCCUACAUCUGUAAAUAUCAUCUUACUGCAAAAGUGACAUCAAAAGACCAACCAAUAUUGUCAGAGAAGAAGAUACCAAGCAAACAGUUUGGACAAGCAUUCCUGUGUUUGUCACCUCAUGACAAAUGGCUAGCUUCAGCUGCCGACAGUGGGCUAUUAAUUAUCCAUAAUGCUUCAACUCUGGAUGUUCUGACUUCUGAAUACUGCCAUUCAUAUAAUGGACGAGGAAUUAAGUCAUUGGCAUUCUCAUUGGAUAGCCAAAAUAUACUUGUCACCGGAACUCAAGAUGGAGCUCUUGUUUGUCUAAAAUGGAAGAAGAUUGGGGAACGCAAAAUGAAGGAUGCAAUUGACUUCGGGACACAACUUCUAAUCAAAUUUAACAACUAUAUUUUCAGUGAAAACUCAUUUAUGAAGACUAUGGCAGAAUGGGCAAUAACAUCAAAACCCACAUAUAGCAUAUCAUUUGAGACUAGUUCUUCACAGUUACAUGGAAAAACAAGCAUUGAAGUGACCGAUGAAGAUGAAUACUAUUUACUUACAGAAGCAAAAUCUGAGGAGACUUCAUGGCUAGAUCAGAAAGCAGAGAAGGCAAUCAAGGAUGAAACUGACCGUUUUGCUGAAAAGAGAAAAGAACUAAAACAUGGAAUUAAAGCGCUUCGUAAAAAGAUUCAAGAAAUGAUGUUUGAAAAUUCAGUUGCACCUAAAAUUGAGAAACUGGAUCAACAAGAAUUCAAUCUGGAUGUAGAAGAACAAGAGAAACAGCAAACACACAGUGCUUCAGAAGUAGAAAGGGUAAGGAAGGAUAUAGAGAUGGAAAAUCUAGCCAAUUGCUAUUUACGUGAGAUGAUCAAAAAAGAGUGUUGGGAUACUAUGUUGGUUAAAGGACGUUCAAUUAAGACUUUCCAUUCUUCUUCUGAAGUUCAGAAUUAUCCAAUGAAAGAACGAAGUCCAGAAGAAAAACGAAUGUUGGAAAGAGUUUUAUAUUUAAAGAAGAUUGAAUCAAUAGAUAUGAAGCUUCGAAAGAAGAUUGUGGAAUUUGAUGCCCAACCUUCAGUCGUUAAAGAGGAAGGGGAGAAGACAGAAGAAGAAGAAGAAAAAAUAGAUGCACUGAUUGGGAGUCUGAGUGCAAUGUAUGGUGGGAACACAUCUCUUUUAUAUAACCAGCUGGAACUGCAUACUAGAGAGGAGAAAAUAAGUCAAAUUAUAUUGCUACGGGAUAUUAUCUAUAAGGUGAAGAGUGCUUUCAAUAAGGACUUUGAUUCAGUCGCACGAAUGAAAGAGCUGGAAAUUUCACGUGUGAAAGAGAAGAACAUAAGAAUAUCACAGAUCUUGAACCAGCUUGAUAUUAAAGAAGAAAUCUGGGUGCCAACUCUUACAGAUAAUGAGAAACCAGAGCGAGCACUGGUGGUUCAAGAAUCAGAGAUCAAAGUAGAAAUGUACUUAACCCCAGUGCAGAAGGCAAAAAACAAAAUUAUGGCUCGGAUUGAAUAUAAAAGACGACUUGCUGCUCAGGGUGACAAUGCAAGAGAACGUGGCCUUAUGGACAUGAUGAAUGGAGUCCUUGAAAUAAAAAAGGAAGAUAUUUUGAAGAUGGAGAUUCCACCACCUCCAUUUGCAUCAAAAGAAGAAACCCUUUGGAGUGAAGAAGAAAAAAAAAUAUAUAAGGAGUAUGAAAAGAAGGUUAAAGAACUGAAUGAAGAAAGAGAAAAACAUCGAAAGAUUCUAGAAACUGAACUCAGAAAGCUUCAGGGUUCAAUUCAGGAAAGUACUCAAGGAUUUGAUGAAAUCCUGAACAGGCUCUUUGACAAAAAAGUCCACUGUGAAAUGGUUAUAUAUCAGGAAGAACUUAAAAUAACUAACCUCAUCUAUUCACUGCUUCUGGAUGAAGAGCUGACCUCAAGAGAAGCUGCACUCCAUCACUAUCUUAAUAAAAAAAGGAAGGAAAAGGUAAUAUCCAGUGAAGCAGUAAAGGCAGCUAAAACAGAAGUGGAUGCUUUUAGAGAAGCCUAUGAUAUAUUAAUUGCUGAAGACAAAGUUAUGGAACGUGGCUUUAGAAAGGAAUUUUCAGAUCUUCAAACUCAUUAUAUAGAUCAACUAUUCAAACUUUAUAAACGUCGACCAAGGGCUUUGAAGAUGAAAGUACAAACAGAUACUGCAAAUCCGUAUGGUGAACGGCCGGGCUCUGCCAAAAUGUAUCAAGAUGCUCUCGCCCAUUUAAUGAAAGCAAUUGAUGAAAUGGACCAUCCUGAAAACAGACCUGAGGGGCUUGACAUCACUAACUGGGAACGCUUUUGUAUAGCUAGGCGAGGAAAAGUAGAAAGUGAACAGCAAGUGAAGCAAAAAGCCCUGACACUAGCAGAGAUGCAAACUUAUCUUCAAAAAAGAAUUGAAGAUGAUGAACAGCUGCGGAAAGACAUUGACCAUGUUUUUGCUGAGAUCAAUUUGCUUCGGGAGCAGAAAAUGAGAUUUCAAUUAGAUUUGAUGGUCCAGUUCCUUUUUAAACAAGGGCAAGUGGAACUAGAUGGCACCCACUUAAUACCAGAUUACACAGAUGCUAUUCUGAUCAACAGGACUAUUAUUGAAGAGCUGAACAGCAUGAUCUGGGCUCAAGGAGAAAAAAAGAUUGCCAGUAUGGUAGAAAGUAAAGAUUUCCGUAAAGGGAUAUUUCAGCUGGAAUGGGAACAUAGAAAAAUGCAGAUGCAAGUAGACGAUCUGAAUCAAAAGGCUCGAGAUAUACAAAAACUAAAUGUUACAAAAGAUCAUCAGAUUUUCUUAUCAGUCUUAAACUAUGAUAAGCGGAUGAAUCAUGAAGUAUCAAUAAUGGAAGGAACAUUUAACUUUCUAGACAAGGUUCACAAGAAAAAUAUAGAACAAAAAGAAAAAAUAAUUAAAGAAUUAGAGAAACAAAUACACUUAAAAGAGGUAGCAAACCAGAAGCUCAGCAAAAAAUUACAAGAAAUGCUUGUUAUUGUAUCAGAAAGGCGGCACAUUUAUGAGGCUACCGACUCAGAACUACUGAACCAAAACAUUGCUAAGGAGCAUUAUGAGGACAUUGUACAACGACAGCAGCUGGUAGAUCUUGCAAAAGCCCAAGCCCAGGAGUUGGCCAUCCUUCAAGCUGAAGUAGAAAGAUUGAGAAUGAGAACAUUCCCGGCUUUCUUUGAUGUGCAAUAAUUUUAGCAAUAAACUCUCUUAGGCAAGCUCCCAUUGUUUACAGUCUGUCCCCAACAAAUUAAUUUCUGAAGAAUUGUGCGUAACUUUAUUAUAUCCAUUGUAUUCAGAUAGUGAUCCGUCUUCUGC